CAUCCUUCCUGACAUCCAGCGGUUUGUGUAUGGCUUUACAGGAGAGUACAACAAACAGUCAUUAACACAUCUUAUCUUUGUAAAGCUUUUGCUACCGCCAGCUGCAUGCUUUACAAAGGCCAGUUUUUUUUUGAAACCUAUUGUCGGUUCCGUCUUACGUCUUGUGCCAAGAAGUGUCAAGACUCUUGAAGAAGCGAAAAUGUCAGACAACGGCGGUGCAACAGUCGGCCUGUUUUCCUACGAGAUCCUCGUGCAUGCGGUUGCGGGGGCGGUGGGCAGCAUGACUGCAAUGAGCGUGUUCUUUCCACUGGACACUGCUCGUCUCCGCUUACAAGUGGAUGAGAACCGGAAGUCUAAGUCCACUCCUCUCAUCCUGGCAGAGAUUGCGAAGGAGGAGGGGAUCCUAUCUCUGUACCGCGGCUGGUUUCCCGUCAUCUCCAGCCUCUGCUGCUCCAACUUUGUGUACUUCUACACCUUCAAUUCCCUGAAGAGGGUGUGGUCAACAAGCGGUGUCCAAUCCAGUCCCAGCAAAGACCUGUUCAUGGGCUUCAUCUCUGGCGCCGUGAACGUGCUCCUGACCACGCCCAUGUGGGUGGUCAACACACGUCUCAAACUGCAGGGCGCCAAGUUCCGGAACGAGGACCUGCACCAGACGCACUACAAGGGCAUAUUUGACGCCUUCUCCCAGAUUAUCGCGAACGAGGGCGUGUCCACACUGUGGAACGGUGUGCUGCCCUCAUUGGUCCUGGUCUUCAACCCUGCAGUGCAGUUCAUGUUCUAUGAGGCCAUGAAGAGGAAGGCGGGGCGAGGGGGAAGGAAGAUUUCAUCGGCAGAGAUAUUUUUGAUAGGGGCGGGAGCCAAAGCCAUCGCCACCACAGCAACAUACCCUCUACAGACUGUUCAGGCCAUUCUGAGGUUCGGACAGUACAAAGCAGAAGGGAAGAGCGGCCUCCUGGGAAGCUUGCAGAGUGUGGUGUCCCUGCUGAUGGACAGAAUCAGGAGGCACGGGGUGCUUGGUCUGUAUAAAGGCCUGGAGGCGAAGCUCCUGCAGACGGUUCUGACCGCGGCGCUGAUGUUUGUGGUGUAUGAGAAAAUCACUGCAGCCACCUUCAGGGUCAUGGGCCUGAACCGGAAACUGAAACGCUGAGGCCCCUACUGGACCUUCCUGGAUCAGCACCGCCGCCGAACCCAGACUACCCUUUCUACCUUCUCUCUGCACGUGUACACAAACACACACACACACACACACACACACACAGACUGUAUCCUUAGGAAAAUAGUUUUGUCACUUCCUCCUAGAGAAUAAGGGACUGUGAGGUGAGGAGCUAGCCUGGAGUUUCAGUAUGGUGGCAUUAUUUUUUUCCUCCUUUGGUGCUGCACCUUAAGUGCCCCUUCCACAUGUUUUUGGAUUAUGGGCACAAAUGACAAAAAAAAUAACAAAACCGUUAUGCAAAUAUCGUGUUAUACACAGCUGCUGACUAUGUGAGAGUUUUCAGAGGACCGUUGUUGGAAGCCUCUUGGCUCGGUGCAUGGCCUUGUUCCUGCUACAGCGUCUGUACAGACCCAGGCUUUAUACAGAGCUUCUGCAGUGGGAAUGCAGUGGGCUAUACUUUUAACGUUUGUCAAAUUAUCAGCUGACGGGCCAUCGUGUGACUGAACGGUCCUUUCCACACCUGCAGCCUUAUCCGGAAAGUUCCCAUAGGUGCGGUGCACAUUAAAAUGUGGCAGGACGUUAGCCUUUACGAUUCACUUGUUCUGCGUUGUGUGUGAGAAAAUGACUCGAACGAUCUGAAGCGUCGCGUAUUCUAUGCCUUCUGCAUAUUUGCCUCUCGGAAGUGAGUGGUGGCAACAGUCAUAAGCGCUGUCACCAUAGCUUUAUUUUUUACUAAACUGAUUAAGCAUUUAACUGUGAAUUAAGCUACCAAUUUAAUGCUAGCCAGAGGGCAAGUGAUGCUCCAUCAUAGGUAUUACUAUAAACUAGCCAGUCUCUUGGGUCCCUUCAUUUUCCUUUGACUACAAGAAGUUUUGGUUAGGAUACCAGGAUUUACUGGUGCCGUGUUUGCUUAUGAAAGGGCGUAAAAUUUUAGGGAAAGGAUACCUCAAUGUUAAAAACACAGCCUCUUAUUUGUCUAUAGCACUGGUUCUUAAACUUUUUAAUAUAACUUAUAUACAACUUUCAGCGACUGUUCCAAUACACAUACUAGCAUAACCUAGUUGACCCAACCCAUCAUUUAAAAAACACUGGCCUAUAGUAAUAUGUAGCUCCUUUUGAGGAAUUAUUUUCAGGAAAUAGAACAUAAAAUUAGGUUUAUUUAUCAAAUAGAUCUUACAUUUUGAUUGAUUAAAAUUGUCAGUAGCGUUUCAAAGUGUUCAGUGUCUCCCUUCCAAAACCAUAAUUAUGAUUUACUGUACAGUACAAGUCGGUUCCAUGGUAUCAAAACUGGUGACCUGUAGCACCUUGUAUAACACCCGCCAGUCUGGACCCACAGAGCCUGUUUUGAGCCUGUUUUAAACCCGGCAGUCUGGGAUCAGAAGCCACUUGCAGGCAAAGAAUUCUGCAUGUUAGUUUACAAUUACAGACAGAAAGCUAAUGCAAUACUUACUCUACUUGAAUUCAUCUUAAAAUUACAUUUUGUAUCUUUUAAAAUUUAUUUUGGUGUAAUUUGUACUAAAUUAACUGAAUGUACUUUUUUGUUAUGGAUUGAUUUAUUGUUAGGAGAAAUAAAGGGGUCACAGUUUGGAAAA